AUGUUUUUAUUUCUUCCGAUAGUAUGUGGUAUCUCUCAUUACGACUCCAAUUAUAAGCCAAAAAAGGGCAAUAUGGAUAGAAAAGCUCCUCCAAUUACAGAUUUCACUCACAUAUAUUGUCCAAAGUGUCGUAAUUAUAGUGCAAAACCAGUUAAAAGAAGAGACUUCUUUUCAGUAUUUUUUGUACCAAUACUUCCAGUUUAUUUUGGAAAGCAAAUUCGUUGUACCAUUUGCAAUUGGAAAUAUAGAUUUCAAUCAGACCAGGAUUUGUAUGGUAUAAUUGAACAACAGCGUCAAAAUAUGGAACAAUCGGCAACAGGAGGAGGAGGAUUUCAACAACAGCAACAACAAGUACCUUAUCAACAGCAGCAGCAGCAGCAACAACCCGCUGACAAUGGUAUUUAUGAGAUGGUGCCGCAAUAUGAGCCGCCAUUAAAUGGAAAGAUGCCUGAAUUAAGAUGA